GGUAACAUGGCCGAUCCACGCUUGAGGCAAAUAAAGAUCAAAACCGGCGUGGUAAAACGUCUUGCCAAAGAAAAAAUUAUGUAUGAGAAAGAAGCCAUACAGCAGGAAGAGAAGAUUGAGCGAAUGAAAAGUGAAGGGGGAGAUGAAUAUGUCAUAAAAAAACAGAUCGAGGUUUUACAGGAAUCCCGAAUGAUGAUCCCAGAUUGCCAUCGCAGAUUAGAAGCCGCUUAUGCUGACCUUACACAACUUCUGGAAAAUGAAAAAGAACUGGAAGAGAAGGAGGAAUACAAGGAUGCACGUUCCAUGUUGGAUUCGGUGAAGUUAGAAGCAUGAGAACUUUUGGCCACUUGUUUUUAUGCCUUGACAGCAUUCCACACCUAUAUAUAUAUAUAUAUAUAUAUAUAUACAUAUGAAUAUUGGAAACCUUAAUUUGUCAGAUUUGGUUGGCUAAGCUUAAAAUGUGAGACUCUGCUAAAUUCCUAAUUCUGUAGUUGUAAUGAUUUAGAAAAUAAAGUUCUUUAUCUUAUCAUCUA